CUUCAGUGUCUUAUAAGCAGUAAUAUGUGAUUUUGAUGGAACGCGUUUAGUAAACAACUUUAAUAUAACAGGAUUUCUUGGUACAUGGUAUGAAUUAGAAAGGACAACAUUUCAAUGGGGAGACAACACCUGGCAUUCCCAAAUAUGGGCCUUUAAGCGAGGAAAUGAUGGUCAGCUAUAUAUGGCCUACACAGGGUUUUCUCCUCGCACACAGUCUUGCACUUCUCCUAAUACCGGACUCUUGAGCGGAAAUGAAGGAACAUACAUAUUAACAUCAAAGGAGGGAAAGUAUGAAGGUGCAUUACGAGUUGCUUACACAGACUAUGAAAACGUUGCCCUGGUGUACAUGUGUUUUGCUCCUGUAAUACAGGGAACUUGUGACAGGACAACUGUUACUGUAUCCCUGCUCUCCCGGACAUCUGCUCUGUCCGCUCCACAGAGGUCUGUGUUGAUGGCUCACAUGGAUUUAAAAUGCCUCGAAGAUCAUCACCUUAAUCAAGCUACAACAGAACGAUUUUAUCGACUAAAAAGCAAAUUGAUGGAUCAUAUCAUACAAUAUGAGAAGAUAUCAUAUUAA